GAAAAACGUUCGACCAAUUGGUCAAUUUAGCUGACGCGAUGUCUGACUUAAGCAAUAUAAAAAAACGAAGGCGACUUAUUAUUAAAGCCGAAGCUUUGGAGGAUGGGGAGAUCAUCGAUAAUCAAAGCCCCGAAGUUCAAUUGGAGCCAUUUAGGGGUGGAUUUAAUGAACAGCAACUGAGCGACGGUACAGAACGGAAUCGAUGGCAGAAUUUGAAUGCGCUAUCUCGAGAAAACGAGAUUUGUCAUGCUAAUGUGGGCCAAGACGAUUUAAAUCGCGAUUGGAGCUUCCAAUCCCACUUGGACAUGAAGUCAUCUAAGGAGCCCUAUUCGACAGAGGUUGAUAUAAAACAGCGCUCAAAGGUGCGACGCCUUAGCCUGGACGAGCAGCGUGCUGGGAACCAGCGGGAGAACGCCUUUGGACGCCUGAAAGCAAUGCGGUAUAAUAAAUUGAUGACGAAGCAAGCCCCAGAAAAGUCAAAGAUGAAAAUCGAGACACCCCAGCAAGUACCCCUAAGGAAGGUGAAACUGAAGGCAACUGAUAUCUACUCCGACGAUUCGAGCAGCAGUGACUAUGAAGUGGCCCAGGAGCAUCGUCUGGUCUCUACGCUUAAUGAACUUAGGCGGGCUGUGCUGACACGUAGCCAGCUCGAAAGCUUUUUAGACAAACCAAUAUUCGGGGAAACAAUUACAAAUUGCUUUGUAAGAGUCAAUGUAGGCCUGCCAGGUAUUCAUAUGAAUCAGGUUUACCGCAUAUCGCAGAUUGUCGGCUUGGAGCAUUCGAAACGAGAGUAUCGUCUGGGCUCUCAAAACACGAGUUUUAUUUUGAAAUUGCGGAACGCCGGACAGUAUGUGUACAGUCAAAUGGAUGUCGUGUCCAAUCAGCCAGUGACUCAGCACGAGUUUGAUGUGUGGAUAGGUGCAUGCCAAAGGGAAGCUUGUCCCCUGCCACAACUAGCCAUCAUUGAGGAGAAGCAGAAAGCUAUCAAGGAGGCAUCCAAUUAUUCCUUCACAGAGAGAGAGAUCGAGAAAAUAAUACAGUCAAAGCUAAAAGAUGGAAAGAAGAAAGUAAGUACUGCUUGUCAAAAGGUGUGUUUGAUCAUGGAGCGUGACAUGGCCGUCGAUUGGAAUGACUUAAAGACGGCUAACCGCCUGGAGAAGAAAAUCCGAACAAUGGAGCAAAACUCAGAACCGGAACGCGAACAACGUGUGCGGCCUAUUGGGUCACGGCGCUCUUCCCACUUGCCUAACGUUUUACAUACAAAGAAAUCUUUAACAGAGCGUCUGCCGAAAUCCAAUGACAUUGAUCUGGAACGCUAUAUGCGGCGAAAAUAUAAGAAAAGUGCUGUUGUCAGUCGCACCCGCGUCGAUGCUGAGGAAUGUAAUGAUGAUUCCUCAGUGUCUGUGCCUUCUAAAGAGGGGGACAAGAACGGCGAAGAUACUGAAAAUUACGAGGAACAAAAAAUAUUAAAUCUUUAUGAAUUAAAUGACUUCGAGGUCUUCCUGGAUAUCAGCAGUCUACCUCCACUUAACAUAAUCCUUAAGGACAUCAAGAUUUAAACCUUUGUUUGUGUAAUGGCCAAUGAUAGUGAAGACAAAAUACCUAUGCCCACAGACACACACGCACUCACAUUUGUUCUCUUAGUGGUACCGUAUAGAUCGUAGGUUCCAAUCAGAACGCACUUAAAUCCUGUUCGAAAAUGGCUCAAAAUCCGUUCCCUGGAAAAGCACAUAUAUUUUCAGUGAACUCCAGGCCGACCUCAACUAUGAUUCCAAAGUUUUGUAGAGGGGGCACUGACAAUCAGCGAAAUACUUCGAGCGGAGUAAUCAUUAAUAAUACAAACAGAAACUCAUUCAUAGUCUGCACACUGAACCCUCAACUCGUUUCAUAUGCCAAGGAGCGUUUGUCUGAUAGAAUUGGAAUCAUCAUAAUUGAGGAUUCCCACUUCCCAUCUGUCCUUGUUCCAUAGGUGACAAGGGCAUCCACAAUAAAAGAAAUGCCAUUUACUGAUGAGUCAUCAACAUAAUUUUUACGAUUUUUGCGCCCCAUUCGAUGAAUAAACAAAUAAAAAAAACCAA